UCACGGGGCGGGGAGCGCGGCGCCCGGCCAGCCGCUCCUUUCCGUUCCCCAGCGCCGCCCUGAGGGGAAGGAGGAGCGGGCGAAGGCAGUGGCUGCCGGGCGGCUGAUGGCGGCGAGCGGCGGCGGCCUGCUGUCCUUCCUGCGGCUGCUGGGGCAGCUCAAGAGAGUACCACGGACGGGAUGGGUGUACAGGAACGUGGUGAAGCCAGAGAGCAUAUCCGAUCAUAUGUACAGGAUGGCAAUGAUGGCUUUGGUCACCGAAGACAAAAGCCUUAACAAGGACAGAUGCAUACGAUUAGCUUUGGUUCAUGAUAUGGCUGAAUGCAUCGUUGGAGAUAUUGCUCCUGCAGAUAAUAUCUCAAAAGAGGAGAAACACAGGAGAGAAGAGGCAGCUAUGCAACAACUUACCCAGCUUCUACCAGAGGACCUCAGAAAAGAAAUCUAUGAACUCUGGGAAGAAUAUGAAAACCAGUGUACCGCAGAAGCCAAGUUUGUAAAACAGUUGGAUCAGUGUGAGAUGAUACUGCAGGCAUUUGAGUAUGAAGUGUUGGAAAACACACCUGGCAGACUGCAGGAUUUUUACGAUUCAACUGCUGGAAAGUUUGUUCACCCAGAAAUACUCCAGCUUGUAUCUCUGAUUAACACAGAAAGGAAUAAAAAAAUAGCUGCUACAUCUCAUUCACAUUCCUGAGGUUUUCCCAAAUGCUGUAGCUAUAAUAAAUGUUUUGGUUUA